UCAGCUGCGAGCUUAACCAAACUUUAACACAUUCUUCAUCACACAUCAGAUCAGUUUUCCCUGUCAGAGGAAGGUUUCCAAGAGUCAGAAUGCCGGCGGCCAGAAGAGCAGUUCUGCCAGUUCUGAGACUUCUUAUCUGUCUGCUUUUUCAGCUUGCAUCGUUGAGAAGCGCAGUGACAAAAGCAAUGCCAAAGCCUAUCGGUUUGUACAACUUCUCCUGGCCAUACGGAUUCGAGGAUAGGACUGGUAUCGGGCUUCCUAUGGACCCGGCUUUUAUCUCCAAGGCUUACGGACCUUACGGAGACAGAGAUGGUGCCUCUCUUUUUAUUUAUACACCCAUCCAAUUACCUGGAAGUGAUCAAAUAGACACAAGGUAUUCCAUUACUGCGCUUAUCUGGAUACGCCAGGAAACUGCAGGCCCAAUUUUUCAAUACGACAAUAACAGUCUUAAGGGGGUACACUUCUGGUUUCGCACACCGACCGAACUAUACCUGCAGAUACCAGAACGUGGCACAGCAAAAACAUACGGUGCCUCUACAUACAGCAACCUCACUACCAACACCUGGCACCAUGUGGGGUUCACAUAUGACUACUCCACUGGCCUGCAAAGGCUCUACGUUAAUGGUACUAAAGUUGCAGAGAAGAAUAUCGGUACUCAUGAAAUUGCUACUAAUUACGAGCUUCGCUUCGGGAAAAACUACGGAGUAAGAUUACUCCCUGGUGGCACAUAUGGGAUAAAAGCCCGCAUGUACUGUUUCCAGUUAUAUGACCAGGCUCUCAGCCCUGACCAAGUGAACGCAGCCAGGGACAUGUGCAUCAGAAAAGAACUUUUCAGACAGUGCUUCAAUUAUAAAAUAUUGAAGAGUUUUCUGGAGGCAAAGAGUCACAACUGGUACUACUUCAAGGGCAAAAAGGCAAAGAAAAUUCGGUCCAGCUGCCCAUUGAAGGCAGAUUGCCAAGUCUGGAUCAACGGGACACACCCUUCAAGGGCACAAGGGACAGUAGAACACGAGCUGUGCUUUCGUGGGGCGAGUGGCUGCUGUGAACACAAGGCGAGGGUGGAGGUACGACAAUGCUAUGGCUAUAACGUCUACAAGUUCAUGGGUCUUCCACCUCGAGAUGCAUAUCCCCAGAUAUGCCUCGAAACAGAUUCAGACAUGUUUGCGCCAGACAAGAUUUUCGAGCAAAGGCCCGGUUACCGUCUCACCAGUCACGUGAUCCACACCGAAACCGAUGUCCCCUCCUCUCAUGAGUGCAUGGGCUACUGUCUGGUGGAUGACAAACGAUGCAAGUCCGUGAACUACAGCGCGCGAGAGAACAGAACAUGCCAACUGAACAACGCAACGGCCACGGAGUUUGACGGACACCUGUCAAUCCAACAGACAGGCUGGGAGUACUACCAGCCGUCAGACUUUAUUACCGUUGUGUAAAUAGGAUGGUGAAUCGCUGGCAGUUCCCUUGUCCCAGGCCUUCCUAUCGGGUUUCUUACGGUCAUCCUGUGAGUAAGAGCUUUGACGUCACAGGAAAUCACGUGGGCGAGCCUGCCCCAGACCCAAAGCUGCUUCACGGGUUUUUUUUUUUUAAAGAAAGGGGACCCGGUAAGAGAGCCUGGGACUAGCCUGCGCGGGUGUUAUCUUUUGGCAUCAUUGAUACAUGCGGUGCAGUGAACUUAAUUACAUUUUUGUAGUGUUUUCAUUUAUGCACGGAAAGAUAUGUCAGUUGUAUCAAUAUUAUCAAACUUUAAACAAACUAUUAGUAAUCACACUAAUGUGUAGCUUUCAGAGUCUAAAUCAGUGGUAAACCUUUUAUUAUAUAAUCAUAUUAUAUAAUAUGAUGAACUAUCGUAGGCCUUGGAUAAGAAAUGUGCACACAAAGAGGCAACUGUGUAAAACUUUAAUAUACUUACAUUCAUUGUAACCUAGAUUGUAUUGUGUAUUGGAGCCAGUAAAGAUCCCACGGUACCUCCCA